CAUAUUUAAAGUUUAAGUAACAUCACAAUGUCGGACGUAGAUGCAAAACUCUUAGAAAAGAGAACUACUGAUGCUGAAAAGCAAGCGAAAGCGAUAGAGGAAGAAUUGGACAAAAUAGCUAAGGGUGACCUAAGUUUUGUAGGAGAUCCAAAACUCGACAAAUUGUUAUCUGAUAAUGAAAAACUGAAACAUCGUUUGGCUAUUCUUGAAAAUGCUAUUAAAGCGGAGAGUUCCUCAAUUCCUGUUAAAAAGGCGACCAGGAAGCGACCCAGCUUAAUUAUGGAUAUUAACACCAUAGAAGGUUCUAUUUGUGUAUUGGAUGAGUUAAAAAAUGUAUUUGAAAUCGCAAUUAUAUCGGCUUACCCAUCCUUAGAAGAUCCGCCGGUAGUAAUAACUUUAUCAGGCAACAAUCCUAAAUUCGGUGAUUACCAGUGCAAUUCAGCAAUGCCAAUAUCUCAGAUAUUAAAAUCAAAGAAUGUAAAAACGAAUCCACGCGAAGUGGCUAACAAUAUUCUAAACAAAGCACCAACAUCACCACUUAUAGAGAAAAUUGAAGUAGCAGGAGCAGGCUUUUUGAACAUAUAUUUAAAUAAGGCAUUAGCAACACACAUUCUUAGCUGUAUCCUACGUUUUGGAGUAAAACCACCUCCUGUUAAAAGAGAAAGGGUUAUAGUGGAUUUCUCAUCACCAAACAUUGCAAAAGAAAUGCAUGUUGGCCACUUAAGGUCAACUAUUAUUGGUGAUAGCAUUUGUCGUGUUUUAGAAUUUUUAAAUCAUGAUGUGCUCCGCCUUAACCAUCUUGGAGAUUGGGGCACACAAUUUGGUAUGCUGAUUGCUCAUUUGCAAGACAUGUUCCCGAAUUACAAAACACAUUCUCCCCCAAUAUCUGAUUUGCAAGCAUUUUACAAAGAAUCUAAAAAAAGGUUCGAUGAGGAUGAAGAAUUUAAAAAAAGGGCUUAUUCUUGCGUUGUUCUACUUCAAUCUGGUCAACCUGACUAUACAGCUGCUUGGAAGCUGAUAUGCAAUGUGUCUUAUCAAGAAUUUCAAAAGAUUUACGACAGACUCGAUAUCCGAAUAACUAACAGAGGUGAAUCCUUUUAUCAAAGCAGGAUGGAUAAAAUUGUCAAAGAAUUAAAAGAUAAAGGUUAUCUAGAAGAAGAUGAAGGAAGACUUAUCAUGUGGGGAAACCCUGAAAAGCACGAGGGAAUACCUUUGACAGUUGUUAAAUCUGAUGGUGGUUACACAUAUGACACCUCAGAUCUCGCAACUAUAAAACAAAGGGUGGAAGAAGAAAAAGGAGACAGGUUUAUUUAUGUGACAGAUGUUGGUCAAUACACGCACUUUAUGACUAUCGACGCGUGUGCUCGACGAGCUGGUAUUCUCAAAGGAGAUAAAAAAAUAGAACAUGUUGGUUUUGGUGUUGUCCUAGGUGAAGACAAGAAAAAGUUUAAGACAAGGUCUGGAGACACAAUUAAAUUAAUAGAACUACUUGAUGAGGGUUUGAAAAGGUCUUUAGAUAAGUUGGUUGAGAAGGGCAGGGACAAAGUUCUUACUCCAGAAGAGCUGAAACAGGCACAGGAAGCUGUGGCUUAUGGAUGUAUUAAAUAUGCUGAUCUCUCUCACAAUAGAAUAAAUGAUUAUAUCUUUUCUUUUGACAAAAUGUUGGAUGAUAAGGGUAAUACAGCUGUUUAUCUAUUGUAUGCUUUAACUCGUAUCAGAUCUAUUGCUCGAACAGCUAAGAUAUCUAAUGAAAAAUUGCUAGAGGAGUAUGAAAAGUCUGGUUUUAAGCUAGAGCAUGAAACUGAAUGGAAACUGGGCAAGGUCCUCCUUAGAUUCCCGGAAGUUAUUCUUAAGGUUUCCAGUGAUCUAUACUUACACAGUCUGUGUGAAUAUUUGUAUGAAAUAUCUUCAGCUUUCACAGACUUCUAUGAUAAGUGUUACUGUGUUGAAAAAGAUAAAAGUGGCAAUAUUGUUAAGAUAUUCUAUGAAAGAUUAAUGCUUUGUGAAGUUACAGCAAAAGUCAUGGAAAGAUGUCUUGAUAUAUUAGGCAUUAAAACAGUAUCAAAAAUGUAAAAACAAAUACAUAUAUUCUGAAACUU